GCGGCGUGUGCAAGCGUGGGCCAGUCAGUACGCAACCUAACCCUUGCAUGUGCGAGCUGGUAUUCUUUGUUUUCCCCGCGAUCUGCGCACGACGCAUCUUGAGUUCAGUUUUGCUGAGUAGUGAGUGGUGUGUGCAACGGACGCUUCCGAAUAUCGACCACGAUGUCCCGCCCAAAGCAGUGCAAAUCUCUGACGUUGGAGAGAAAAGUCGAGCUAAUCAAGGAAGUAGAAAAGGCAGGUCGAAGCAAGUCGUGCAUCGCCAAGGAAUUCGGCAUCCCUUUGUCAACCCUCUCGACAGUGCUCAAGAACAAACAAAAGGUUUUGGAAGGCUUCGAGCAAAGCUUCUCAAGCAAACGGAAGCGCGUUCGAGCGUCCAAAUUCCCGGACGUCGAAUCAGCACUUCUGUUGUGGCUCCAAAACGUUCGAGCAGCCAAUCUUCCCGUGACAACCCAAAUGAUGAUGGAAAAAGCAGACGCUUUGGCACUGCAGAUGGGUCACGCGGACUUCAGCUGCAGCAAUGGCUGGUUCGAGCGGUUUAAGAAGCGAAAUAACGUGUCAUCGAAGCCUAUCCACGGCGAAAGCGGCAUUGUCGACGAACAGGCUGCAGACGCAUGGCGCAACCUACGCCUCGCCGAGCUGCAAAAGGAGUACGCGGACAAGGACAUUUUUAACCUCGACGAAGCCGCUCUUUUACAAAAUGCUGCCUAACCGCACAUACACACCAAAAGGCGAAGCGUGCUCGGGCGCUAAGCAACGCAAAGACAGGAUAACCAUUCUUUUUGGUGCCAACGCUACCGGCGAUGAAAAGCUGC